AUGGAAACCAUCUCCAAGGAGUCCAUCAAACCUUCCUCUAAAACGCCUGAUCGCCUCAGAACCUUUCGACUCUCAAUGUUAGAUCAAUUCAUUCCACCUUCCAUCUAUGCCCCUCUUAUUCUUUACUACUCACAUGAUAAAAGUACUAGCAACGUCAAGCAAGCCGAGAUUUCCUCUCUCCUAAAAAGAUCGCUCUCAGAUGCCUUAUCUCUCUUCUACCCAUUAGCUGGAAGGAUGACAAGUGAAAGCUCAGUCGAUUGCAAUGAUCAAGGCGUUGAUUUCUUGGAAGCUCGGGUUGAUGCCCGCCUCUCAGAAAUCCUUGAAUCGCCACAAGUUGAAGUAUUGACUCAAUUUGUUCCAAGCACAAGUGAAGAAAGUGGUGGUUCCCUAUUGGGCAUUCAGUUGUGUUGGGAAAAAUACGCGGAAUUUCCCACAAGUAAAUCACGAAGGAAAUAG